AUGUUGCUCGACGAGGACCCUGGAACACAAUCGCGCGAUCUGCGCAUUCGCGAGGCCGAGGCAGCCAUGCGAAAACUUUCACGACACCUGAAUUCCCUAUCUACACAGCAUGAAGAAGCCGUGGCCGUGCACGACUCGGGCAAACACGCGGCGGAGAUAGUGGAGUUAGACACCAAGAAGUUUCGCAUCGCCAAGGCUGCAUCAGAACUAGAGAUUGAAAGCGAGCGGCUGGAGAGUGAGCUGGAGAUUCUCAAGGAAAGACUGGUCGACCUGAGAAUCCCAGGGUCUCGAGGGCGACGAAACAACGCGGCGCGAGCUCUACGGCUCAAAAUCUUCCGUUCUCUCGGUGUUGAUAUCGAGCCCGAUGAGGCAGGCAAUUUCAACCGAGCGGUCAUUCGCAAUAGCCGCAAGGGCGAUGUUCAUGUCGUCAAUAUCGACCCGAAAUUCUCCCGCUUCUUCUACGCAAAUUACUUUUGGUCAACGAUGCAAGGAUGA